GGCGCAAUUGAAAUUUUACUCUUGUGCGCUUCUCCCCGCCGAGUCCGCAGUCGUUGAUAUCCUCGCAGCUCGUCCUCAAGGGCCCCAAGACAAUUCCUCUAGCCUUUUAUUCCGUCAAAUCUAGGUAGCCGGACAACCUAUUUCCUAAGAAUAUAAUAAUAUUCGACGGAAUCGUCUUACAUCCCCAAUAAGUCACAAUGGCGCCUAUGGUCACUGGCAAAGAGCGCGAGUCGAAUCUCGCUCGACUCCUCGGCUCCGGCUCCGCCGGCAUUGCCGAAUUGGGUGUCUUCCAUCCCGUCGAUACCAUCGCGAAGCGACUGAUGAGUAACACGACGAAGAUCAGGAAUGCUAGCGAGCUGAACAAGGUUAUCUUCAAGGAGAAGGCAGAGGCGCCAUUUGGUCGCAAAUUCUUUUCCCUCUUUCCGGGUCUCGGUUAUGCCGCGGGAUACAAGGUCUCCCAAAGAAUCUACAAGUAUGGUGGCCAGCCAAUUGCUCGGGACUACCUUGCGGCGCACUACGGCAAGGACUUCGAGAGCGCAUUCGGAAAGAAGACCGGAAAGGCAAUUAUGCACUCGACUGCUGGAAGUCUGAUCGGUAUCGGCGAGAUCGUCCUGCUUCCCUUGGAUGUGUUGAAGAUCAAGCGGCAAACGAACCCGGACGCAUUCCGCGGACGUGGUAUCUUCAAGAUUAUCGCUGAUGAGGGCUUUGGAUUAUACAGAGGUUGGGGAUGGACCGCAGCCCGAAAUGCCCCUGGAUCGUUCGCGCUUUUUGGUGGCUCGGCCUUCACGAAGGAAUACCUCUUCAAGUUAAACGACUACAACAAGGCAUCAUGGUUCCAGAACUUCGUCGCUUCCAUUGCCGGUGCCUCAGCUUCUUUGGUCGUCUCCGCGCCCCUGGACGUCAUCAAGACUCGUAUUCAGAACCGGAAUUUCGAGAAUCCCGAAAGUGGUUUCCGAAUCUUGUCUAACAUGGCCAAGAAUGAAGGGUUCUCCAGUUUCUUCAAGGGAUUGGUGCCCAAGCUCCUCAUGACUGGACCGAAGCUUGUAUUCUCAUUCUGGCUUGCCCAAACUCUGAUCCCUGCAUUUGACACAAUGCUGAAAUAGAGUGUCUCCUGCAGUAUUAGGGAGCGCAUGGGAUUUGGAAAGUGUAAUGAUAGAUCUGGGCACCAAUAGUCCGCUACAUGUAUAUAUGACGGAGCCGGCGUUUUCGGUCGUGGAUACUAGCGAUUCGACCGGUUUGGACUUAUUAGAUGGUCACAGAGACUCUAAGAGGAUAGAUGAGGAAUUUCUCUCUACAGGAUGAAAUGAACAAAUAAAAACUCGACUCUAACCAAUAUCCCCUAAGGGAUGCCUUUUAUUAUUUGAGAUGUUAUCAUCGGAAUUAUGAGUAUCGUACGAUACGACGAGACCUUGAAGAUAUAAAUGAAAUCGACUAGGCAUAUUAACUCGUUGUUAUUCCUUACGUACCUAUCAUCAUGUUCAUGUUUGCCCUUCUCUUUUUCAAAUCCAAAGCGACCAAUCUCUCCUUUGACAUUCUCUCCCCCUUUUUAGGGACGCAGCAAUAUCAAAUAUACAAAGCAUUCGAGACCUUGUUGUCAUCACGUAAUAGAGCGUUUCUCUAUUCCAAUUGGACAUAAAUUUCCAAGUUCCUGGUGGUGAUUCAGAAACUAUUAAUCUUAU